AUGGUUUUUCCGAAGGAUCGUCGUUUGUUGGUAUACCCUUUACUUGUUAUGUACUUUGUCCUACUUUGGACUGAGUCACAGAUUAUUUUAUUUCAUUAUAUUUUACUUUAUUCCAUUCUACUUUAUUCUUUUCUUUUCUAUUUUAUUUUAUUCCUUCCUUUGCAGAGCUUAAAUGGGGCAACGCACGUGGGGACCUUGAUAGGGACAUACCCAUCUGGGCGUUCAAGAAGUUUGUCCGAGUUAUUGCUUUCUUCAAACGAUUCCAUAUUCGUGGAGAAGCAGCACACGAAUGGGAACCACCACACUUCCAGAAAUGGCCACAGUAGCAAUAACCAGAAAAGUAACUCACACGGGGAGAUACACGCAUGGGGCAACUGGUCUGAUGCGAGUCUGCUUGACAGAUCCGAUGUGAAUCUACUUGACAGGUCCAAUGAUAGUCUGUUUGACGGGUCUAAUGAAAGUCUGUUUGACUGGUCCAAUGAUAGUCUGUUUGACAGGUCCAAUGAUAGUCUGUUUGAUGGGUCCGACAUGGGAAAUGGUAGGGAGCCCUGCAUUCAGGAACGUUAUGGAGGCUACCCUCAUCAAACUUAUAGAAGGUGCCCCCCGCAACGAUAUGGAAGUUACCCUCAACAAAGUCAUGAAGCCCAUGCAAGGCAAUACAGUGGGACUGCUUACCCCAAUUGGAGGAAUCGUAUCCUAGACAAGUACAGACCAAUGCUCCCAUAUGGUUGCGCCAUCGAGGACAUUUCGAAGGACUUCACAGAUGAGUAUAUAUUGAACAUGCCGGAAACAUUAUUUAUUAGGACCAGUAAAAGAAAGGCAUUUAUUUUAUACUUUUACAAUGGGAUCUACUUAGAAAGGAAGUAUUAUGCCAUGGUGAAUAAUUUGAACAGAUGGUUUUCCAGCGUAGCAGAAGCCCAUAAUUUGCCAGAUGAUUACAAGUUAGAGUGGUGGGAAGAAUGCAAGAAAGAGCUUCUGCACGAUUUGGAAUGUAUCCAAAGGACAUGUGAAAGUUUCUUCUGGAACUUUAUUACUAAAGGGAGAAAAGAAUAUGUAUGGACUAUACCAUUUGAAAAUCUACUACAUCGUCUUCGCAAUUUAACGAAUGGAAGUAUUAACCGAAACAAGGAGAAAUGGACUAAUAUUUUGGCACAGAAGAUGAGAAGCAACAGAGCGAGCGCAAGCAGGAAGUACAUUACUCAACAAAGAUAA